GCUUUGGGGCUGGAAGAGGCUGUGCGGUGAAAGCGGGCAGUUUCUGUCACCUUUUGCGGGACUCGCUGGGGCUGCGGCUCUUAUGCGAUGCUUUUAAUAGUUUUCAUGCUUUCAAAGCGGGCAUUUCUCUUGGCGAGCAGUUUAUAGUUAUAAUAAGUAAUCUUCCGAUACUUUCGAAAGGUUUUUUUCUUUUCAGGCAGACAUGGUCUCGCAGUGAAAGUUCAUGCGGACACUCGAUGGAUCCCCGCAGGAAUAACGAGAGCGGCAGUGAACCCGGCUUGCCCGGUGAUAGAGCGGACGAGGUGCGGGUGCAGCUCACCUGCACCACGGAGGGGUACCUGCGGGCGAAGUUCACCCUGUCGGCCUACAUCAUCUGCUGGACCUUACUCAAGAUGUGUCAGAGAUUACGCUGCUCUGCCAUCACACCACAGGGCCAGGAGGCCAGCGAGGACACCGGCAAGAUCCUUGAGCUUUCAGAGAGCACAUACCUGGGACCAGAACCUGCCAGAUGGAUGCAGCAGAAUCCAGAAACCUCAGAACGCAGCUGCCGUUUUAACUCUUUGCACAGAGACACUAUAUCCAAGCUCAGCCCGGACAGCAAAGCCUGUUUCCUUGAGGCCCAGGGGGUGGAGGACGGUCAGCCGGGGGACAGCAGAUCAGGGGACGGAGGGGACAGGUCUCAGGGACAGCAUGUUGAAAGGUGUCCCAGGGGACGCGGCACAGGAAAUGCAUGCACAGCACAGGCUGCAGGAACGCAGCGUGGACAUGACAUAGACUCACAGCACAAACACACAGCGGACUGGCUAUUUGGUGCAGAUGCUAGCACAGAACCCGACACACAUUCAGUCUGCGGACAGAUAUGCCCUGCAGUUUUGCGCAUAGCGAGACUCGAACCUGACUCUGCUGACGUGCAUAAGAGAGUUUGUAUCUCAGAGCAGGCUUGUUCAGCCUCACUCUCGCAGAUUCUAUGCCCGCAACUCCCAGAAUCCUGUGGCUCAGAGCAAACCUUCUACGGGCUGCAAACUCCACGUUCUCUUAGCCAGGGUUCUGGACAGGAGCUCCUAUCAGAUGAUAGUGUUUCUGGGGGGGAGCUGGGAAGGUUCACAGAGGCACAGCUUGGCUCCAAUCUCUGCGGACAAUCCAGCACCGAGGUGUUGAGAGGCCCCCUCAUCAGCAGCUAUAGUGAGAACCUAUCUCCUGACAGCAAUGUUCCAGAAUAUUCCUCUGUGCUGACAUUAGGAAAGGAGAGGUCAGAAUCAACCCCCUUUAUCUCCAAAGAAGAAAACGAUUUUUUCAGUGCUUGCAUUGUACAAAAGAAGAAUGUACGUGAUACACAGAGUGUCACCAAGAAACAUUCAGAUGAUGCUGGACUUCCCAGUCUAACAUGUCAUAGGGAAUUAUCCCCAUGUACCUCCACAGAGACUUUUGGUAAGAUCACAGAUGACCUUCAGGCACAUGUUCCACAAGCUGUUCCAUGUGAUUCCGGAUGGAACAGUGAAGCAGACACAGUGCUCACCGAGACAGUGAAACAUCAACACUUUAAAGAGUCCAGCAGUCUUAUUAACUCAGAUUGUCACUGGGGAGAGAUCACCUCACACCCUAAAGUUUUCCCAGUGAGAAGGGCAGAAAUUGCCGCAUUACACCUACAUGCUCCUCUUGAACACAUUAGGCUAAAUGGUCUUCCUGGACAGCACCAUCAUAAGACGCCCAUCAAGCCCCAUGAAACCAACAACACCCUGAAGGCAUCUUCAGGACUGUGUCCUACUGAUGGAUUAGCAGACAGUGUUCUGGCUAAGGAGCAAUCGUACGUCGAAGACCAGUUGGGCUGUCACACCUCAGGUGACAGUGAUGUCCAUUCUCCAAAUGCAUCAUUAACCAUCAGCCCCAAUCCCUCACAGCCAUUUCCAAAUAAGGAAGUCAGUUCUCCGUUUAAUAUCCCUGAUGUGGACACAUUUACUACACUGGAUGGUCAGCCAUACUGGAAUGGUAAGGAGUUAAGGCCUUUCUAUAAUGAUCCUGAGGGGAUUCGGUAUGACAUCGAAUUGUCUGAACAGGAGAAGCUGGAGAGGUAUCACCAGCAGGGGGUGCUAAAGAGCAAGGACAGUACUUCAGGUCAAAGUUGCACUUCCCACAGCCCCACAUUCCCCUUAGACACCCACCGUGGGGAUGGUGCGGAGGAGCUAAAUGUGCAGAAUUCCUAUUUUGGACCAGCAGAAGAGGGUCCAGAGAGCUCUGCAGAUGAUGGCCCUGAGCCAGUAGGCGAUAGUAUAAGCCAUAUUUAUUCUUUUUCACAAGAAGUAGAAAAGCACAAUACAACAGCAGUUUCUGAGGACUGUCUGGCGUUAAUUCCUAUUAGCCCUCAGAAAGUGCCGACAAUUGAAACGGUGCAAUACCAAAUCCAAGAUGCCUGUUUAAAUCUUCUCUCAGUCAAUCUUGAGCCCAUUUUUGAAUCAGAUCAGUGUCAAGAUAACUCCUCCAUAGCUGAAGAUGUAGAACAUGGACGAGACGAGGAGAUGAUCAGCGCAGGUUCUGCUGUGGAGGACCAAGUCGGUCACUCCAAGACCAUGAGGGAGGACUCAUCCAGCACGGAUUCAGAAGCUCUGUUCGGUUCCAGCACUCCUUCACCAGACAGCUAUGGAGUCAUGACACCUAAUGGUGAGUUAGCAUACGGGCAGUGUCUGAGCCCCACCAUAGCUGGUGACUCCACCAGCUAUGACAAAGAAGAAAUGGAUGACAAUGCCUAUUCUUACCUAGGUAGCAACACCAGCCUCCAUAAGGCAGUAAGGGGCAAAGCAACAAAGGGUAAAUUUAGUGGGAAGGGCUCUAAGUUCUCUGUGUUCUCCAAGAUGCCCUCAUUCAGAAGGGGUAAAAACUUAAGCCGGGAUAGCAGAGGUAGCAAGUCAGGGAGCUUUCCCUCAGCCUCUCCAGAUAGAGAGGCAGGAGAGGACAGUGUGGAGGAUGGACAAGGGGACAAAUCAAGGUCCACCUUGUCCAACAGCAGUGAGGAGCUGAGCAAUUUUGAGGGACAGGAAGAGAACCUGGAUGAUGACGUCUUCCACAAGGACCAGCCCUUCAAUCAGGCUGCCCAGAGAGCUAUGCCAGGAGGUCGACUGGAUAAGGAGGAUUUGGGCAUCUUCUCGUUAACAAGUGAUGCCGGAAAUGGAGAUGCUGAUGCUGCCUGCACUCCUGAGUUAGGGGAUUUGCAGCAAGGGAAACAGCCCAACAGGUCAGAGGGUGCCAGCUGCAAAAGGAGCAAGAGCUCAGACAGCCUCAGUCUGCGCCUGAAAUUGGCACAGGCCCAUAAGUCGCUCUCUUCUUUCUUUGAAUCCCGCUCCCCGGACAAGGAGCAUGAGGGACAGUUUCCGAAGCUGGACGGUGCGGCCUCAAGGUCCAAGCGGUCUGGCAGGAAAUUAAAACCAGUGAAGGAAGUCCCGAAUCGGACCAUGUCAGUGUCUGAUACCAACACCAUCAAGUCAUCCUCAGUGAACAACACGGAUCUGAACCCUUGCUCUGCCAGCCAGAGGACCACAUGCCAUACCGACCCACUGACCAAGAAGGGAAUGGCACGUGAACUCUCAGGUACUUCCCCAAAGAAUGCCAAGCCAUGGGAGAGGAGUCCAAUGCAGUCUAACAGCCUUACCAUUCCAUGCCCGGAUCCCUGCCAGCUGUCUUCACGCAACCUCGAUAACAUGGCUGGCGAGGACUCCAGCCCCCUUCUUCAUAUGACACCCCCCCACACCACCCUCACCAUCCAGGGCACCCCUACACGGGCCCGGUCUGUCGGUUCCGUCGACAGCAUGGACAGCCCUUCGAGACCGACCAGCCCCAAGCCGCACAGCCCCAGGUUCGGCAGCCACCGUAGAAGCUUCCGGUUCCCCUCCCCACAUGCCAGCACCUUAUCGCACAUCUUGCUGGGACAAUCUGUCAGCACAGAGCGGGUCUCUGAUCCCCCCGAAAAGCCGAAGACCCUCAAGCCCAGAUUGUCCCCGUUGAUGCCCGUGAAUCUUCUGGACACAGACGGCCAACAUGUGGACAGUCUGCCACAGGUCGUCUUGACCACAUCCUCGUCUGUAAAUGAGUUUGAGAACUUUGCUGAUGAUACUAAGCCAGCCAGCCAGUCGCAGGAGUCAGCUACCGUCCGGAGAAUGAGGAGACGUGCGCACAAGCCCAGACCCCUCUCCGACUGGGGAGGCCUACAAGGGGCCCCCGGGCCCAGGGCCAUGCGCUGGGGGGUCACGCAGCAGCGGAGUUGCUCAGAUGACCUGUGGAUCGAGGAUAUGAAGAGGAUGCUGGGCCGGGAAGCACAGGGCUUCAAUCUGCCAGAGGAGCUGCAGAAAGACUGUGCCCGGUUCUCCCUCACUGCCAUGGAGACCUUCUCAACCCUGCCAAUCAAAGACCAGAGUCUCUCUCAGAGCAUCCCCACUGGUCUGGACUGCCUGGGCUGGCACCGAUGCCCCUCCUACCACGCCAUGGUGACUCCUGAAGGCACGCCGGAGCAGGUUGGCCUGGGGGGCCAGGCGGGCAGUGAGGAGGACGCCUACGAGGGCCUUCGGGGUUCAGGGCCUCGCUGUGGCCACUCGGGCGGCGCGGGCGAACAGCUGGCCAUCAAUGAGCUGAUCAGUGAUGGCGCCGUGGUCUACGCCGAGGCCCUGUGGGACCACGUCACCAUGGAUGACCAGGAGCUGGGCUUCAAAGCAGGAGAUGUCGUGGAAGUGGUGGAUGCCAGUAGCCGGGAGUGGUGGUGGGGCAGGAUUCUGGACAGCGAGGGCUGGUUCCCGGCGUGCUUCGUUCGGUUGCGGGUCAACCAGGAUGAGCCCGUGGAUGAAGACCCAGAGAGGGAAGCAGGCCGGGCUGGCAUGGUGGGGCUGCUGGGCCCAGGUCUGGCCAGCAGGGACCAGAUGAGAGCCAAUGUGGUGAAUGAGAUUAUGAGCACCGAGAGGGACUACAUCAAGCACCUGAAGGACAUCUGUGAGGGCUACAUCAAGCAGUGCCGCAAGAGGACAGACAUGUUCACGGAAGAGGAACUCCACGCCAUCUUCGGCAAUAUCGAGGAGAUCUACAGGUUCCAGAAGGUGUUUCUCCAGGGCCUGGAGACGAAGUUCUGCAAGGAGCAGCCACACCUGAGUGAGAUUGGCUGCUGCUUCUUAGAGCACCAAAUGGAUUUCCAGAUCUACUCAGAAUAUUGCAACAACCACCCCAACGCCUGUCUCCAGCUCGCCAACCUCAUGAAGAUCAACAAAUAUAUAUUCUUCUUUGAGGCUUGCCGUCUACUCCAGAAGAUGAUCGAUAUCUCGCUGGAUGGCUUCCUGCUCACGCCAGUGCAGAAGAUCUGCAAGUACCCACUGCAGCUGGCAGAGCUACUAAAGUACACCAACCCCCAGCACAGGGACUAUAAGGAUGUAGAAGCUGCCCUCAAUGCUAUGAAGAACGUAGCCAGGCUGAUCAAUGAGCGGAAGCGACGUCUCGAGAACAUCGACAAGAUUGCCCAGUGGCAGAGCUCCAUUGAGGACUGGGAGGGCGAAGACGUACUCGGCAGAAGCUCUGAGCUGAUCUUCUCAGGCGAGCUGACCAGGAUCUCCAGGCUGCAGGCCAAGAACCAGUUGCGCAUGUUCUUCCUGUUUGACCAUCAGAUGAUUUACUGCAAGAAAGACCUCCUGCGUCGUGACAUCCUCUACUACAAGGGCCGGGUGGACAUGGACCACAUGGAGGUGCUGGACGUGGAGGACGGCAGGGACAGGGACUUCGGCAUGAGCGUGAGGAACGCGCUGAAGCUGCGGCCCACAGCCGCCAGCCCCACCAGAGAGGAGGUGCUGUUGUGCGCCAAGAAGCCUGAGCAGAAGCAGCGCUGGCUGCGCGCCUUCCAGGAUGAGCGCUCGCAGGUGCAGCACGACCUGGAGACUGGCUUCAGCAUCACGGACGGGCAGAGGAAGCAGGCCAUGCUGAACGCGUGCAAGAUCCAUCCAACGGGGAAGCCCAAAGCGUUGUCCCGUUCGUACUACGACUUCCUGUCUCGACAGAGGCCCCCCGGCCUGGCCCCCGCACCCCCGCUGCACCCCGCCCUGCCGCCACAGCAGGUCUUCAUGCUGGCUGAGCCCAAGCGCAAGGCCUCCACCUUCUGGCAGAACAUUGGCCGGCUGACACCGUUCAGGAAGUGAUAGAGAGGAGAGGGUGGGACAUCCUGGUCAGUGAUGCUGUGCCUCAACACUAUGGGAUGAUGUUCCUCUGAGAAGCACUUUAUGAGUUGGGUACAAUCGGGAGAAUGGAUUGCAGACUCUUGCUGGGAUUUUUGGGAAGCAGUUUCUGCUUCUCUUAGAUCUGGGAUUGGAGGUGCUGCCCCUUGUGGCUUCCCCUGCAACUGCACCUGUUGUUACUACUGCUCCACACAAUCCAUGUGACUGCUGCGUGGGAACUUUAAUGAAGAGAAUAUUUAUUUUUCAUUGUUUUGGUUACUUGCUUUUUUUCUUAACUUUGCAGUGCCGAAUAAAUGAACCUUUGUAUUUAUUUUUCCUUUGUUUGAAGAUGAAGAGGAGCCUCGCUCCAAGCAGAAAUCUUUCGUUUUUUUCUACGCAGACAUUUCUGCAGAUUCUACUGUUUAUCGUCACGUCACAGUAUUGCCACGGGAACUUUUUCGUUUCUGGUUGUAAACUUCUGGUUUUAAGUGAGCAUCUUGUCUGUGUUAGCAAACAGAAGCUGAUAGAGCCCAAAGAUUUUGUGGAAUUCCAUCUGUCUGUCGUGACAGGGACAGUCCUUAAUUUCACGUCUCUGUCCGCACUGUCUGUGACACGUUUCAAAGCCCCCCCUUUACCUCUGUGGCCCCGUUUCAGUCCUUCACUUUGGAGUGUUAUGUGGAGUAUUAACAGGAAGCACAUGUAUCUGUAAGAGCUACAGAGAUUCUCCAAUGGAGGAUUAUGACUCCUACAGAUCACAUUUUGCUCUGCCUGCCCGUUAUUGAUUUACUAUCAAAAAUCAGGUGUUAUAUCUGCAGCAGCCAUCAGCCUGCUUUGAAGGCCAGUUAUUCCAUCAAAGGUUUCGCUUUUCUUCUUAUACGUAUGUCGCUCCUGGAAGAAUUCUCUACAAGGCGACCAAACGUGCAGUUGUCCAGAAAAAUACUGCUGUGUGUUUCAAGCCAUAAAAAUCAGUUUGCUGCAGUAAGAAAUGCUGCGAUGGGUGUGUAAUUUCAGCAGAAACCAGUCUGCACUGUUCCACAGACACGAGGUCUUUGCUACUUAAAGGAAACACGGCAUGUUAAGAAAAGGGCAAAACACAACAAGACAAACUCUGCCAGCCCAGUUUGUCUGAAAGGUCAAAUUGGGGGAUACUAAGGACCCGUCUGUAACCUCCUGACCAAGACGGGCCCCUCACCGGCCCAAUCACAGCUCAGGCAGUCUCCACCCACGGCGUGCUGAUUGGACACGUGGAGCACCGUUUGGCUUUCCUGCUACCCACUCCGCCCCCAACGGAAAACCCUAAUCCCAACCCCCAGCAAGUAAACAUGGUUUGUUUUCUGUUUCUUCAUGAAUAAAGGAAGGCUGUGCGCUUUGAAACAGCAAGGGCUUGUUCUGUGGGGAGUGAACUUUCAAGACAGGAAGCAUUUCCAAGGAUAUUUACUGCUUAUGUUUGUUUUGACACUGCACAUGGUGGUGCUAUUUGGCUCUGAGAAACAAAUAGAUUUUUCCCUAAAAGGCCUAAAUAUCUGAAGGACCAGUUUGCAUCCUUUGAAAGGUAUUGAUAGAAUUUUAUAGAUAAUUGAUUAGUUUUAAUGUGGCUCCGUCCAACUGGGUCCUUCUCAAUGCAUUUUCCAUCUGCAGGCAUGUGCAUAGACAAGCUUUGGGGUCCUGAACUUGCAUGAAAAUGCGUCAUCGUGACCCAAGGAGGCAGUUUCACCUCCACCUAGAUGGAUCAGAGGGACCCGCAGCCUCAUGUCACUCGUGACAGUGUUACAUUGAACAGUGGCUGUCACAGAGCUCUGUAAGAGAUGGUAGUGACCACAUGGGGAAUGUCACAUGUCAGAAACAGGAAAAGCAUGAGGUUCAGUGUAAAUGUAUAGAGUGCUCCAACCCUUCUCUGAAAAACAAAGCUCUGCACCUGAAGAAAAUGUAGUAAUCUCUCAAUUUGGGUACGCAUUGCGCUUGUGAACUGUAAGUGUAGUUUAUUUAAAUACAGAGAAGAGGUUUUUGUCCAUUCUUUACGUGUUUGUCUGUUUACACAUGCACUCAAGUCAUGUGGAAAUAAUCAUUAAACGGUAUUUGUCCACACCUGA